UCAUGACGCAAAGGGAGGCAGCGUUGUUAUAAGAGCGCGGCCAGGGCGGGUACUCCCCUCUUUCUCAGUUUUCUGGAUCCGCGUGUAGGCGGGCGAGCGGAGGCAACAUGCCUGUAGCCCGGAGCUGGGUUUGUCGCAAGACGUAUGUGACCCCGCGGAGACCCUUCGAGAAAUCCCGCCUUGACCAGGAGCUGAAGCUGAUCGGAGAGUAUGGGCUCCGGAACAAACGUGAGGUCUGGAGGGUCAAAUUUACCCUGGCUAAGAUCCGUAAGGCUGCUCGGGAGCUGCUGACACUGGACGAGAAAGACCCACGGCGUCUGUUUGAAGGCAAUGCCCUACUGCGGCGCCUCGUGCGCAUUGGGGUGCUGGACGAGGGCAAGAUGAAGCUGGAUUACAUCCUGGGCCUGAAGAUUGAGGAUUUCUUGGAGAGGCGCCUGCAGACCCAGGUCUUCAAGCUGGGCCUGGCCAAGUCCAUCCAUCAUGCUCGUGUGCUGAUCCGCCAGCGGCACAUCAGGGUCCGCAAGCAGGUGGUGAAUAUCCCAUCCUUCAUUGUCCGCCUGGACUCCCAGAAGCACAUUGACUUCUCCCUCCGGUCCCCAUACGGGGGUGGCCGCCCAGGCCGAGUGAAGAGGAAGAACGCCAAGAAGGGCCAGGGCGGGGCUGGAGCUGGUGAUGACGAGGAGGAGGAUUAAGCCCCUCUUCCCCCCUGGACUGAGGAGUGUCUGAUUUUCCAGUUGGAUAAUAAAACAGAUCAACACUUUGGAA